AGGAGGUUCCCAGCUGGAGAUAGGUGAGCCUUUCCCCGGAGACGGAAGAGAAGAGUAGCUUUCCUGGAAGUGAGAUUUCCCUGCUGCCAGUGCCGAAAGGAGGUCUCGUGGCCUUAUUGCAGAACACAGAGAAAUGCCUUUGGUCUCCAGCCUACUGUUUCUGAUAGUUUGGAGCUGUAGCAGGAAAUGCCUAGUCACUGCUUGUAAUGUUAAUAUCCUUCUCUGAGAGAUUGGGAGCAUUAUACCCCGUUCCAACUUGGCUAACAUCAUGGGUACAAGCUGGGCCAGGCACCUCCUCUACCAAAUUAUUCUCUGGACCUGCCUCAUGGAGACCUGCUUCUUGGAAGACUAUGAUGAUGAUGAAAAAGACCAGUCUGCCAACGAGACGGCCUAUGGCACCCAGGGUCUGCUGUGCCCUCGGAGUUUCCCUGGAGUGGAAGUCGGUCCGAACACGUUGUGCAUCAGGAACGGUUCCAAGGACAAUCUGCUCAGCGAGGUCACUACGAAUCUCAUAUCCUCCCUCUACACUGCUAUCUUCUUGGUGGGGCUGCCAGCCAAUGGGCUGGCCCUCUGGCUGCUGGCUACCAAGAUCCAGCGACUGGCUUCCACCAUCUUCCUGAUGAACCUCGCGGCGGCCGACCUGCUCCUGGUCCUGGUGCUCCCCUUCAAGAUCUCCUAUUACUUCCUGGGUCACAACUGGCUCUUCGGGGAGGGCAUGUGCCGCCUCACGACGGCCUUUUUCUACGGCAACAUGUACUGCUCGGUGUUGUUGCUCACCUGCAUCAGCCUGGACAGAUACCUGGCCAUCGUCCACCCCUUCUUCUCCCGGUCCUUCCGGAGCCCUAACUUCGCCACCUGUGUCUGCGUGGCUGUCUGGCUCCUGGCGGUCACCUUCACGUUGCCACUCACCCUCCGGCAGCAGUCGUACCAGCUGCACACCACUGACCUCAUCCUGUGCCACGAUGUCCUCCCUCGAGAGGAGCUGGCCUCCUACUACUUGCCGGUUUUCGGGUGCCUGAUCGUGCUGGGCUUCUUCCUGCCCCUGCUGGCGAUCCUGUUCAGCUACUGCUCUGUGAUCUGGGUCUUGGCGGCCAGCGGAGAGAAGUACGCCCACGCCAUCAAGCUCACGGUCCUAGUGCUGGCCUCCAUCCUCCUGUUCUUCACCCCCAGUAAUGCUCUCCUGCUGCUACACUAUUCCUACGCCAAGUUCGAGGACCUCUAUAUCUGGUACAUGCUGAGCCUGGUUUUUAGCACCUUUAACAGCUGCGUCGAUCCUUUCAUCUACUACUACGUAUCUGAGGAAUUCAGGGGCAAAGUGAGGAGACACAUUUUCCUUCAGAACAAGAGCACGGUGACCCUUCUGAAAGCCUCCAAGGAAACCACCCCCGGAACCCGCACCCAGUCGGUGUCUCUGGUGUAAGGGUCUCUGGCUGCGUCCCUUCCGCUGGCCUGGGCCCCGGGCCUUGUGAGAAAUGAGCAAUGUCUUCUGGAAAUGUUCCCCCAUCGUUCAGGGAUGUCAGCUCCUGAGAGGACUGGACACAAUUUUGCCCUCCUGCAAUAGUUUUUCAGGGGAUGACCGAUUGAAAGCCGCCACAAGAAGGUGACAGAGGCGGGCUUUCAGCCGUUUACAUUCCUUUCUCCCGGAAUGUUUUCAUCCUUAUGCAUCUGACAACGGGAG